UCAGACAAUAAAAGAGCACCGGCAAUAUUUUCGUGUCAUUAGUACCGAAUGAAAAAAAAUUGUGCUUGGAGAAAUUUCAUAGAAAGGGGUUUUGGAAAGUGUUAUUACGCUUGCGCUAGUAACGAUUCAUUCAAUAGCAUUCGGUCGACGUGCAUGUUAUCAAUAUUCUGUGAAGUUCAAGUGAAUUAAAAUUAGGCAGUUGAUGUUUGAACUUCGUAUUCGUAUAUCCAGGCCAUCAUGGACACUUUUCUACACAAAAUAGGUACCGUGUGUACUGUUAUUGUUGCAUUUAAGGUUUUCAGGAUGGCAUUCAAUUUUUUGUACGACACCUUCAUUGCACCGGCCCUUCAUCUUCAGACAGUAGAGUGGAAAAGCCUAGGAAAAUGGUCUGUGGUAACUGGAAGUACUGAUGGUAUAGGAAAAGCGUAUGCUGAACAGUUGGCGAAGAAAGGUUUCAACAUAGUGCUCAUUAGUAGGACACAAUCGAAACUAGAGAUUGUAGCCAACGAAAUCAAGGAAAAGUACAAAGUAGAGGUGAAAACGAUAGCAGCUGACUUCACGAAACAGGAUUAUAUAUACCACGAUAUAGACAAACAAUUGAAUUCCUUAGAAAUUGGAGUGUUGGUAAAUAAUGUAGGAAUGAGUUACAAUUAUCCCGAAUAUUUCUUGGACAUACCAAACCAGGAAGAGUUCAUAAAAAAUCUCAUUUGCUGUAAUAUAUUCUCUGUUACUAACAUGUGCAAAAUUGUCAUGCCUGGUAUGGUUGAAAGAAAGAGUGGCGUGGUCAUAAAUAUAUCUUCUACAGCUGCUCUUAUACCAAACCCUAUGUUGACAGUUUACGCAGCAACAAAGGCUUAUGUCCAAAAGUUCAGUGUUGAUCUAGCCACUGAAUACCAAAAAGAUGGCCUUAUAAUCCAGUGCGUUUGUCCUGGUUACGUUGCAACCAACCUGAGCAAAAUAAAGAAUUCCACAUGGAUGGCACCUUCACCUCGAGAAUUUGUAGAGAGUGCUAUGAAGACUGUUGGUGUCACAGACAUAACCACUGGCUAUUUCCCUCACAGUCUCAUGAAUGCUGUAAUAAACACUUUGGAGAGUAUUUCAACGAAAUUGUCCAGAUGGUUAGUCAUUAGGACAAUGCAGAAUAUAAGAGGGAGGGCUUUAAGGAAGACAUCGGCAACUAGUUAAAUUGAUAUUGAUUAAAACCAUUGUAAAUUAUUGCCAUUUUUAUAGAUUUUAUAAAAUUUUAUGUUAUUAUAGGUACAUUAUUGUUAA